AGGCAUUACAAUGCGAACGUCUGGGAUCGUGUUAGCGGCAUGUUUGUGCUUGGGGAGCUUGCUUGCUGUUGAUGCUUUCAGCUCCGGUUCAUCGUUGAACUUCAACAAGAACGUUUUGUCCGCAAAGUCAUCGAUGACGAGAACGAAGAGGGUCGGAUGGUCGAUGAUGGGGAAGCAGGCGGCGUUCGGUCCAUUCAGCCCCAUCGUUAUUCUAGCGCGGUCGGUCGUGGGGGAGAAGCAGUUCAAUCAGAUUCGCGGCAAGGGGAUUACAUUACACUCGCAGGUGAUCACGGAAUUUUGCAAUUAUGCUGGCGUUCCCAAGGACAAGCGCCAGGGCUUGAUUCGUCUGGCUAAGACCAACGGCAACACGCUGGGAUUCCUUUCAUAAGUCAGGAUGUUGAAUAAGAGGAAGGAAUAUAAUGCAGAGCAAGGAAAAACAAGUUAGUUGCCCCAACUCGAACGAUGUGCUGUCGUGGUUGAUCUUCACUUCGUAGUUGAGCUUUACUGAUCUCUCUCCAUCUCCUCACACUCGUCCACCGACUGCGUCGUCGAAGCAGAGAAGUUUCUUCCUCUUCCAACGCCCUUCGAUCUUCAUCGUGAUGGGACGAGGCUCGUCCAUAGAGCUGUCGUCGAAGUAGCACAGCAUGACACAGUCCAGGACCAGCCAGUAGACUCCCAUGAAGAGCCCGGAGACGAACCAGGAGAGGACAAAGACGAGGAUGAGAGUAGCAACGGGGGUGGAGGAAUGCAGCGCCGAGAGCUGGUCCAGGGGAUCGUUCUUCAUGUACAGGUAGGCGCAGGCCACGAGGAGACCGCAGAUGAGGAGGCGACCCAUCAGGAGGAGCAUCUGGCCGACCAUGCUGACUGCCGCCAUCCGGAGAAUGUUGGCCAUGAGAAGGGACAUGGCCCUCUUGGCAGACCAGCAGAAGCUUUCCCCGUGCACGGCAGCGAUG